GUAAGAAGACCCCAAUGACAGACUAACACCAGUGGCAGCCAUGCCUUAAUUGGAAGGUCCCCAAAAGCCCAAUUCCAAUCCCAGAACACCCACUUCUCUGUUACUCCCAAAAUCACGAGCAUCGAACUUACAGCACAAGAAAUUCCUUUCUUGACAGAUGACAGUCUAAUAGUAGUAUAAAAAUUAAGCUCAAUCUUUCCAUUUUCCUUUUCCCAAUCCCUCUCUCUCUCCUCAUUGUCGUCUUCCCAAAAUUUUCCUGCUACACAAACAUGUAAGUACCGAGAGCAAACAGACAUCGGAGAGCCAAAAAAUGAAGCCAACAUUUGGUACUAGCUCAACGGUUAUUUGCUUAGUAAUCUUUUUCGCAUUCGGCUUCGCUUUUUUGAUAUAUACCGACACAAUUCAAUUCGAUUAUAAGUCGAGAUUACCCCUACUCGAUCUGCGCUCAAUUUCCUCUGCUCCCUGCCUCACUGGAUCAUCUGCGCCUCUACGUGUUUACAUGUACGAGCUGCCCCGGAGGUUCCACGUCGGAAUGAUGCAGAAAGGGAAGCACGUUGAUGAUAACGCAGCCGUGACGGCGGAUAAUCUUCCGCCUUGGCCGGAGAGGUCGGGGCUGAGAAAGCAGCAUAGUGUGGAGUAUUGGAUGAUGGCUUCCUUGUUGUAUAAUGCCAAUGGUGACGAGGAGAAUGCAACCACCGCGUCUGGGGAGGCUGUUAGGGUUUUGGAUCCGGACUCUGCUGACGUCUUCUUUGUACCCUUUUUUUCUUCUUUGAGUUUCAAUAUUCAUGGUCAUACAAUGACUGAUCCGGAGACGGAAAUAGAUAAGCAAUUGCAGGCUGACCUUAUUGAUAUUUUAAGAAGAUCCCAAUACUGGCAGAGAUCUGCAGGUAGGGACCAUGUAAUUCCAAUGCAUCAUCCGAAUGCUUUCAGAUUUCACCGAGGUCAACUGAAUGAUACAAUUCUGAUUGUGGCUGAUUUUGGCCGCUAUCACAAAAGCUUGGCUAAUCUGAGGAAAGAUGUUGUGGCUCCUUAUGUACACAUAGUGGAUUCUUUUGUGGAUGACAACUCUCCUGAUCCCUAUGCAUCUCGUGAAACACUUCUUUUCUUUAGGGGAAAGACUAUUAGGAAAGAUGAGGGAAAGAUCCGUGCUAAACUGGAACAAGUUUUGGCUGGCUAUGAGGAUGUCAUUUAUGAAAAGAGUGAUCCAACUGGGGAAGGCGUAAAUGCUUCUAUCCAAGGAAUGCAGUCAUCGAAGUUCUGCCUAAAUCCAGCUGGAGACACUCCAUCAUCUUGCCGCCUUUUUGAUGCCAUUGUUAGCCAUUGUGUUCCUGUCAUUGUGAGUGACCACAUUGAGCUUCCCUUUGAGGAUGAGUUGGACUACAGCAAGUUCUCAAUUUUCUUUUCUGUCAAAGAUGCUCUAAAACCAGACUAUAUGGUUUCUGAGCUCCGCAAAAUUUCAAAAGUAAAAUGGGUUGAAAUGUGGAGGUGGCUAAAAAUAAUUUCUCACCACUUUGAAUACCAGUACCCUCCAAAAAAGGAAGAUGCGGUCAACAUGAUAUGGAGACAGGUGAAGCAUAAAGUUCCUGCUGCAAAUCUUGCUGUGCACAGAAGCAGGAGAUUAAAGGUGCCUGAUUGGUGGAAAUAGUUUAACACGAUCUCUUAUUUGUUUGUACAUUUCGCACACAAAUGUGAUAGCAGCAGUGAUUGAAGGACAAUAGGCGAGACAGAGAUGGGUCAAAGUUGAGGAAUCAGCCACAAAUGUUGUAGAGAACAAACUAUUUCUUAGUCUUGUCUGCCUGCAGAUUAGUGUAAUUUCUAGUGGACCAUUGUUGUAUGAUUUCUAGUGCUUUGAUAGUUUAGGCGAGCCUUGUAAGUGUACAUUGGCUCCAUAUUUUUCAUGCGGGAUACUGUAACAAUCAAAUCUGAGUUGAAUCAAUCAUUGGGAGCUCGUUGGAGGCUUUUGUGCUGCUUA